UCAGAAUGUACAAGACAUUCCGUGACGAGAAAUACGUAUUUAUGUUGAUGGAGGCUUGUCUUGGAGGAGAAGUCUGGAGUAUUCUGAGAGACAAGGGUGAAUUUGAUGAUGCAACCACCCGUUUUAUCACCGCUUGUGUCACGGAAGCCCUGGAAUACCUACACGCCCGGAAUGUUGUCUACCGAGACUUAAAGCCAGAAAAUCUUCUGUUAGAUUCCCAGGGAUAUGUUAAAUUGGUCGACUUCGGCUUCUCCAAAAUCCUUCCAACAGGCCUUAAGACAUGGACUUUCUGCGGUACACCAGAAUACGUAGCUCCAGAGAUCAUUUUGAACAGAGGUCACGACAAAGCUGUUGAUUUUUGGGCAAUGGGAGUGCUUAUGUAUGAACUUCUCACCGGAACACCGCCUUUUUGUGCCUUUGAUCCAAUGAAGACGUACAAAAUCAUUUUAAAAGGCAUUGACGCUCUUGGUUUUCCCAACUACAUCAGCAAGAACGCAGUUUCGUUAAUGCGAAGGUUGUGCAAGGAAAACCCCAGUGAAAGGCUUGGAUACCAGAAAGGAGGCUUUGCAGACAUCAAAAAGCAUAAAUGGUUCCAAGGAUUUGACUGGGAUGGAUUGAAAAAUCGAACACUUAGACCUCCAAUUGUUCCAAAAGUAAGAGACAAUGCCGAUGCUUCGAACUUUGACGUCUAUCCCAUUCUCAUAGAAGACUCUCCUAAAGAGACAUCCGGUUGGGACAAGGACUUCGACUGUUCCGGACGAUGAUGUCAUGUCUGACGAAAAAAGUGUUCCAAUUACUCUUUGUUAUGAGUUUUGCCAACUGUGAAUAUUUGUUCCUAUAAAAACCACUAGUUCAAAGAUGUAUUGACAAAAGAUGUUUAAUAUCCAUUGAGCUUUUAUAAUUUGUAAAACAGUUUGUUCAAAUAUAUUCU